AAAAAAGUUUAGUCAUGGGAAUAGACGUCAUGGUUUUAUCUCGGUGUAAGCCGAGGCUGGGACCCAGCUUCGGUGCAACCACUGAGGUUGUGCCUUAUCCGGGGCCUCAGAAUUGCGGCGUUCUAUUAUCCUGAGAGACGCUUGCUCUUUCUCUCCAGGGAGCCAGUUCGAGCAGCUCGCAGUUCCAAUUUGGUGCAUCAAUUUUGCUUCUGCGGCGAUGGCGUCGACUACCGCGGGCGUGGCGUUGCCUCUCACCUCUUCGUCUUCCUCCCUCGCUUCGCCUCUGUCGCACAGCACGACCAAUGCGUCCUUCAGUGGCUUGAAGGUGGUGCCGUCUUUGAAGCGGGCGAGCGUGAAGAAGGCAUUGCAAUGCCAAUCAGCUGCCAAGCCCGGGAAGGUCGUGGCUAUGGCAGUGACGCUUCCCAUGUUGACGUUCGAGGGCGAGGCAGCCGGGGAGGUGGAGAUGGACCUGCGGACGGCCCGGCCCGAGACUGCUAAGGCUGUUGUACACAGGGGUGUGAUUUGUGAGAUGCAGAACAGGAGGCGGGGAACCGCGUCGACUUUGACGAGGAGUGAGGUGCGAGGAGGAGGAAGGAAGCCUUACAAGCAAAAAGGCACCGGAAGGGCUCGCCAGGGAUCGAUUAGGACGCCACUUCGCCCUGGUGGAGGUGUUGUAUUCGGCCCUAAGCCCAAGGAUUGGUCCAUCAAGAUUAACAAGAAGGAGAAAAGGUUAGCCAUUAGCACUGCCCUGCAGUCUGCAAGUGUUAACACUGUGGUGGUGGAGGAUUUUGAGGACAAAUUCACCACGCCUAAGACGAAGGAAUUCAUUUCUGCACUCAAGAGAUGGGGCGUCAAGCAAGGAGAAAAUUCGUUGCUGUUUUCUGUGAACCCUUCGGAAUCUCUGGUAUUGUCCAGCAGAAAUGUAAGUACCGUCAAGCUCAUUACACCCCGAAAUCUGAACCUCUAUGAUGUCUUGAGAGCUGACAAAUUGAUUCUUACCAAGUCGUCGGUGGAGUACUUAGAGCAAAUGUAUGGCGCGUCCGGUUCGUUUGAGAUUAUUGUUGGAGAUGGUGAGGGAGAAGAAGAGGAUAGCGCUAUCGAGGAGGCCAGUGAAGAGGCUGUCGAGCCUGAAACCUCGUCUUAGAGUUAGGGUUUUAAAGAUUCCUGCAAUUAGGUGAAUCUAUAAUGAGACUUCUGUGCCGAUUUCUUAAAACUAGGAAUUACUGUUAUCUUCACAGGUCUGCGCCAAACUGAAUUGGUUUAAGAGAUGCUUAUGUGAUCUUUAGUCUUUCGAGAAAGUAAAAUGCGAGUCUGGCAUGUCGAUUUUAGUCGUCUCUCAUACUUCUCAAUUCUUGGUAAUAUACUUCAAUUUCUUGAAA